UGGAGAUGGGGUUUCGUCGUCUACCGCACCGUGUACACGCCCGAAUCAGACGCCAUAUGGCCCGCAGCCAUUGCCAAGCUCGAGGCGUACCUAUUUCGUGAGAUCGAUCGCGACUUGUUUUGGCAGCCUCCCUCAUCGUGGAUAUGGAAGGAACCCAUCAAUCCUACCGCCAACGCAGCAGUGCAGUCGCAUAUGCGGAACCUAUACCUGAGCGACCAGGAGCAGUACGAUGCGCUGGGUAUUGACGCAGUGCGCGAGAGGUUUAUUGAGCUCACGCAGUCCUGGGACAGGAAGGACGACCAUGAUGGCAGCACGGGGCUAAAAUGGGAGUUUUGUCUCCUUAUCGACGAGGAUGUUCUUCGGUCGCUGAUAGACGCCCCUGAACCGGUUGCUCAGAACAGUGUGAGUGACAAGGAGGUCGCUGAAAACAAGGUCGGGAAUCCAGGGUAUAUCAAGGUCAUUGACCGGUCAUUCGACACCACGGAAGAACCAGCUUCUCGCGACCGCAAUGAUUAUCCCGGUUGGAUGAAGGCAUCGCUCGACUGUCUCUGGAUGCUCUAUGAUAUUACGGAAAUGGAGCUCGAG